UCAGUCGAGAUUGUGUUGCUGCAGCUGUGCGGUGAGCGGCGACCGUUCUCUUCUGGUAGCAAAAUACUGUUAUCAGUGUUUACAACCGCAAACUGCAGCAACGUUGUUGCUAUUAGAUAACGCAAUAGUGUAUUAUCGAAUUAUAUUAAGCCACUACUAAAAAAAUUAUAACUGUUCAUUUAAUAUCUUUGUUCUGUGCGUGAAAUGUUAAAGCGACCUGUAUAAUUUUAAUAAAAGAAUCCUUUUUUGUUUAAUAAUUUUUACGUUUUUUUUUUUUAUUCGUCUGCCAUUUACCCGCAACGGCCGACGGAAACAAUAAUAUUAGUUCUGCCGAAAAUCGAUUGCCAAAUGAAAAGAAAAGUGCUGUAGCGCCGCUGUCAUCAACAUCGAUCGCACACUGCUCUCGAAACGUGACUUUAAAGUAGAUUUUAUGUGUAACGAAUCGGCCAACGAGGCUACUGCGACCGCAGACGCCGACAUGUCAGUGGAACAAAGGUUUACGGCCGCCGUUAACGUCAUCAGGAGUCUGCCCAAAAAUGGUUCGUAUCAGCCGUCAAAAGAACUGAUGCUACGGUUUUACGCCUACUAUAAACAGGGUACAAUAGGUCCAAACAACCAGCCGAAACCAAACUUUUGGGAUAUUGUUAAUCGAGCUAAAUGGCAAGCGUGGGACAACCUACGUGACAUGUCUAAAGAAAAGGCCAUGCAGCUUUACGUCGACGAACUCAAAAAGAUUGUUGAAACUAUGGCUUACACCAAUCCAGUAGCCGACUUUGUAUCGAGUUUAGAUUCGUUUUCCGAAUCAGUUUCCCUAGAUGAUCUGGAAAUGGCUGUUGGUCCAUUAAGCAAUCGAAAUGGCAGCUAUACGAGAAAAACUAAGUUGUCUAACAACGUUGGACCCAAUGAACAGUCACAAUUAGAUAUGGACAUUGACGAAGAAUGUUUUCAUGAUGUUAUGGAAUCGACUGGUGAUCUUAAAAAACAUUUGCAAAACAACAAUGAUGAUUUCGGACCCGUCGAGAACCAAAAUUAUCGGUUACCCAACGACGUAGAAAAGCCAAUUCCGAUCAUUCAACAAAACGGAAUCAAACACACCCAAAGGAUUGACUCGAGUGAAAUCGAUGAUCUUCAACUACAAAUUAAGAAAACGGUGACCUGUUUGAAAAACGAUUUAGAAGUGGUAGCCAAUAGAGUAUUGCAACUAGAAUUAAAAUUAAACAAACAAGAUGUUGUUAAGAAACGCAAACAUCACCUAUUCAAUAGCCGCAAUGCGUUGCAGAUGUUGCUCCUACUGGGAUGGCCGGUUGCUGUCCAAUUACUUUUUGUUUGGUUUCAAAGGCGAAAUAAACAUAAAGCUUAAGCAUUUUUUUUUUUUUUUUUCAGUAGGAAAUUUGUUCUUAAAUAGUGUUUGGCUAUCUAAUCUGUUAAUAUUGACAAGAUGGGUCAACACAUGACCAAAAACACAUAUGACUAGACUAUAAUCAUUGUUUAAGUUAAGUUUAGAUAUAGUGUAUCAAAGUCAACCCCCGACAGUUGUCUAGAAAUUUCGGUGCUAGAAAGCUUCAGAUCUAUAAAUAGUUAAAAUAUAUUUUAUUCAAAAUGUUUUUAAUGAUAAUUUGGUAAUCGUUGAACAAAUACAUCCUAAUAGGCUAUCAUGGCCAUGAUUGGGAUUUAACCGAAUUAUUAAGACUUGGUAGUUUCAUUAUAACUAUUUAAUUAUUGUCAUCAUCGUCAUUAUUGUUAUUACCAUUGUAAUACUAGUAUUACUUUAAGUAUCAAAUCUGUCGGUAAUUUAUGCCAAACGAUGGAUAAAUUGAAAUAAAAUAUAAAUGAUAAAAAUCGAAGGUAUCUAGCUCUAUUGAAUGUUCACACAAUAUGUGAUAAAUAUUAAAUGGUGGUUUUUUUUUCUAGCUUUUCAAAAAUUAUGUUAUUGAUAUUUUAUUCCCGUUAGAAUCCCUAUAUUUUAGUAAAACAAUUAUAGGUUUUUUUAUAUAUAUAUAUAUAUAUAUAAUAUUGUUGUGCUACUGUUAAUAAAUUUUAUUAUAGAAUUUUUUUUGUUUUGUUCAUCAAUGAUAUAAUUUAUUACUGGUUUAAUAUUAUACAUCACAUUUGUUAUAGUUAAUUUGUAUUUACUUAUAGUUUAAUCAAACCAUAUAGAGUUAUUAUUAUUUUUUUAGUUACGCGUUAGUGAUAUUAUUUUUAUGAGCUAAUCGAUGGAGUGUCUUUA